GAUCGCCUUCCCACCCGGGCGAGAAGCUCCCACGGCGUCAGGCAGUUGAUGCGGGGAUGCUGUGCUGCUGAUGAAAAAGACCAUCGGGCAUCCUCCAUAUAGAAUUGCAACGAGUUUCGUCUUCUUCAUUGCAACUCCUCGUUACCACCAACUUUGAUACCCCCUCAUCGACUGGCUAGCGACCAGCAUGGGCCUACAUUACAAUGCGACGCUGCCUGCGGGCAUUAUGCCCAUGCCGACCACGGCCGCAGAGGUUGGUGCGCUGCAGGACUUUGUUCACGGAAUCGUGCAGAUCUACUCGCCAUUGGAGUUUACUGCUCAGGUGUACACCGUCUUGGCAGUCGUGGCCGCUCUCGUCGUCGGUGCCGUAGCAGUGGUACUCAAGCGACUCCUCACCGGCCGCGCCUACCUCCUGCAAUUCUACCCAUCAAGAUAUGGCACGUACGUCAUUCCUAAUUCAACACUCGCGUUUGCGUCCUUCCUGGGCGUGUACGCCAUCCUUCUCAUGGGCUAUUUUCCCCUCAUGGUCCGCUGGCAGCGCGACAGCAACUUCUUUCUGUGGCAUGUGCUCAUCUGGAUCCCUCUCUGGGUGGGCGCCUGGUUCUGUGCAUGGGGCACCGUGGCCUCAUUCCCCGACGCUCUCAGGAUCAAGCGUACAAACUCGGCGGGCGAGCUUCACGAAUACCUUAUCCGUCCCAUCAUCUACAACCUGGCAUGCUGGGCCACACCGAUCAUCCUGUUCGCAUCGGUGACCCCGCCUGCCGUCCUCGCGGACCGCCUGAUGGACAAAACGAACCGUACGUUCGACGCCUGGACGGCUCGAGCUGAUGCACUCAAGGGGCCGGAGGCAGGCCCGCAAGAGAUCCAGAUGCUCUACGACGAUGGGAUGGACAUCUGGCGCCAGACGUCAAAGGCGUGGUGGUACUACUCCAUCUGCAUGACUGUCUGGGUCUUCUGGGCAGGUGCCGCCUUCCUCGUGUACGCGCCUAUCGGCGUUCACACCCUUCGCCGUGUGAGAGAGGCAGUCGAGAUCUGCGAGACAAAAAUGCGCCGUCAGCAGAUGGAGACCUUCUACCUCUUCAGUUCCCGCCCGCCAGGGAUGACAGGCGGCGCAGCAGCGGCGGCAGCAGUCACGGCGGCUGGAAGUCAGGGCAGAGUAGAGCCACCGGACAAUCUGACGACUGCACCGCGGCCCAUGUGGGGGACGCCUGCCACCCUCAAGAAGAGUCGUAGUCCCAGCGGGACGCCAUCAGUCCGUGGCACAGAAGAGAACUACGAUGCCGAGGCGGAUGAAGAAGAAGAUCUCGGUCGCCUCCCUUGCGACGAGGAUGAGGAACGAUCUAUGGCCAUUGCCCGCGAGGAGAUGUCCAUCUCAGGCCGUGGCGCCGAAACUAGCGAGUCUGAAGCGCCUCAAGCUGCGGUCUUCCCACCUCUGCGCCCGCAGCAGCGUCGACCUCGCCAGGAGACGUUCCGACCUGGACGAGACACCAAGCAGCAGCAGAAGGACGACAAACCCAAGUCUGGGCCGACGACAGUGGCCGCUCGCCGCUACAAGAUCUUGCGGCGCAUCUAUCGCAACCUUCUGAUCCUGAUCAUUGCUGUCAGCAUCGCCAUCCUUGAUUUUAUGGCCAUCACGGGCUACAUUUCCGGGCAGCAGUACGCCGCUGCGAGAAAGAACGGCUACGAGGCUGGCCGCGUACAGCAGAUCGCAAAUUUAUGGGCUGCUUGGACCGAUGUGGUCUUCGGUGGCCUCACGAUCGGCGCAUUGCUAUGGCGCUCCUUCGACUCGACGCUCACUGUGCGCGCUGAAGAUGCCAAUGGUGGCGGCAAUGGCAGGGCUACCACCGGCAGACCAAGCGGGGCAGCAAUGUCCGCGGGUCGGCCUUAUACCAUCGAUCGGGCGCAGCUGGCCCCUCAACCAGUGGCACCCGCGUCGAACAAGAGCUCAUCGUCGCGAGGAGGGAGCUCAAAGACCGGGCGCAGCCGGAUCCUCGCGGCAGCCAAUGCAGCCAUCAGCUCGAAGAGUGCUGGCAGCUCUACGAAGAAGGCUGAGAGUAGCAAGCGCGCCGUCGAGCCAGAAGAGGAACGAUGGGGUUCUCAGUCCGCUGGCAGGUCGUCCUGGGGUACAGCUCAGCGCAGGGAGAGGUCAGGCGAGGAGAGUACCUACGAGACGACGUUCCAUGAGGUAGGCGAGGGCGAUGUUGGUCAUCAAGCCAUUGCUAUGCCAGCCGUGCCGCCGAGCGCGUCGAAGCCUGAAAUCUACUCAAGGCGCUUCGCCGGCAGCAACACGGACGGGCAGCACGACAAUGCCGCUGAUGUGGCGGGUCUUGGCCUCGGCUUGGGCUUUCCCGCGCCGCUGCGGCAGUUCUUUCCGGCAUCGCACGACACAGAAGCGACCAAUAAGGGUGAUAUCGAGCAAGCCACCUCAACAGGGGACGGACUCCAGACUCCACGCACAACACGUCGCGUUUCGCUCCCAGGCAAGAAGCGCCCUACUUCUCCCCAUCUAAUGCCCACCAAUGUUACCGACGCUGAGGCGGGCCCUUCCUCGUCUCCCUCCUCUGCCUCUCUAGGCAGGAGAGCCGGAUUUGGCCUCUCCAUGCUCGGCGGUCGCCACUCACCAAAUCCAGCCAAACGACGACCGGGCUCAAGCGGCAAGCACGCAGGGCAGGGAGACGAGUUGGGUAGCUUCUUCGAGCCAGAGUCAACCGUCGUUCGACGGGAUGACUCACUUGACCUGUUUGCUAAUGAGCAGGAAAUUCUCAGGCAAGAGGCGGCACUGAGGGGAGGUACGGGACCCGUUGGGGACAGAGCGCGAGGCAUCAGAAGGGUCGGGCCGGGCGACAUGGGCAUUCUGGAUGCUCUCGCCUUGGUCUCGCCGCCGGUCGGAGACGGGGAGCAGCAUCACGACUCAAACGCGCUCGCCGCUGGCAGCGGCCCUUCUUCGUACGAGAACAGCCCGCUGGGCGCGGCUGGUGGUCAGAGAUUUACAGGGACGGGCUCUGCGCCUCCUGUACCUCAUCAACUGAACAGGACGCCCAGCACUGAGCCUUCCAGGUACGGAGGGUGGAGAAGACCUAGUGCCGCAAGCGUGUCUGCAGGAACAGGCGGCGUGACGCGGUAGUCAGGGUCGGAGAGGAGAGCGACCAAAUCGGAAUCGCCCUUGUCACCACCAUUCCACUUGUCACAC